AUGGAUGAUAAAUACAAUGAUGACUAUCCUCUUGGUUCGGCUGCUAACCGUCCUCCAUUGCUACUUGGUACUCACAACUACAAUUGGUGGAAAAACAGAAUGAAAAUGCAUCUAUCCAAUGAACCAAAGGAAUGGAGAGUUGUCUUUAAAGGUCCCUACACAUUCACUACUGAUGAUGGCAAACCAAUGGAUAUUGAUGAUCUCAAUGAUGCUGAAGUUCUUAAGCUGAGCUACAACAACAGGGCUAUGAAUACUAUCAUGACGGGUCUCUCUACUUCAGAAAGCGACAAAGUUUCAUCUUGCACCUCUGCCAAGGAAAUGUGGGAUAUUCUGGAAAGAUAUCAUGAAGGAACAAAGCCUCUACGCAAAGUUAAACUUGGCCAGCUGCUUGAUGACUAUGAGAAUAAAGAGCCUACCAUUAUUCGAGAUGAUGCUAAGAUCAAGGAACUUGAGGACAAGGUUGAUCAACUGGAGAAUCUCAAUAAGCUUGAUAUUGAAGCCAGGGAUGCAUGUCUAGAAACUUUCAAAAUCAAGGAUUCUACGAAGGAACAUCCAUCUCAGCCUGCUGCUACUUCAUCACAGCCUACUGCUACAUCAUCACAGCAUGCUGAAAGAGUAAAAGUUCUCGAAUCUGAAGUGAUUAAGCUAAGGAAAGGAAUGGGAACAUUUGUGCAAGGUGAAGAAGGUCUCAAAUACAUGAUGAAAAGCAUCAAGGUACCUCUGGUCAGAGAAGGAGUUGGGCUACACUUCAACAAAAGGGUAAAUGCACUCAAAUAUGAUGGAAGGCAAGGGAAACCAUACAAAUAUGCUAUGCCUUGGAACAAGUGUGCAAAGUGUGGUGGUAAAGGUCAUCUAUCACAAAAUUGCAGAGUGCCUCCUCCAAAGAAAGCCUACCAGAAGAAGUCUGAGAAGAAAACAGCCUACUGGAACAGACAAACAGCUUACCAGAAUGGGAAAGGCAGAAGCAGAACUCAGCAUGUGUAUCCUACUGUGAUGUGUCUUGCCGCUAAAAGCAAAUCAAAGCAAUGGAUCAUUGAUAGUGGAUGCACAAGACAUAUGUGUGGAGACAAAACUCAGUUCAUAAGUCUAAAGCUUAAAAGAGGUGGAGGUGUAACAAUUGGCAAUAGUAAGACACUUCCUAUUCUAGGUAAAGGUACGGUAGGUAAUAGCACAACCUCUAUUUCUAAUGUUAGAUAUGUUGAAGGUUUGAGUUAUAAUCUUCUUAGUGUUAGUCAAUUGCAUGAUGAUGGUCAUAAGGUUGAUUUCUCUAGGAAUAAAUGUGUUAUUACUGUUGGUACUAAUCAAACUCCUCUAGUUGCUAGAAGGAAAUGA